UGGACUUUCUCUCUCAAAUAGUUGAAAUAAAAGCCUCACUUGGACACAUCACAAUUUAAUUUGUCUCUAUUGUUUCUGUUGAAUAAUUCUGGCUCCUGAGAAUAAGAUGCUGUACAUAGUUACUGUCUUGCUGACAUUAACAGGAAUAUGCAGGUCUGCCCUUAUUAGCAAGAGUCACAAAGGAGAUGAUCCUCUACUACAGUAUGUAGUGAAUAACUCUCUGAGGGAGCACCUAGUGCUAACCAAACUACGUCUGAAAACUAUGGAGGAUUCCAAAAACUUAAUGAUGGUGGCACCUGAGCAAGCUCAGUUUAUGGCUAAUCUAGUGAAGCUGAUACAAGCCAAUAAAACUAUUGAAAUAGGUAUGUACACAGGAUACAAUGCCUUAAAUAUGGCUCUGGUAAUACCUGAGCAUGGGCGUGUGGUGGCCUGUGAAAUCAAUGAGGAAUAUGUCAAAAUAGCCAAGCCAUUUUUUACAGAGGCCGGAGUGGAGGAUAAAAUUGAUAUCCGCAUUAAACCUGCAGUUGAAACCUUGGAUGAACUCUUAAAUGCUGGUGAGGCUGAAACCUAUGACUUUGUGUUCAUUGAUGCUGACAAAAAGAAUUAUGAUACAUACUUUGAAAAGUCUCUUCAGCUUGUUCGAAAGGGUGGCAUAGUAUCAAUCGAUAAUGUCCUCUGGGGUGGACGGGUCAUUAACCCUGCAGAGGAUGACCUGUCCUCACAGACCAUUGACAAACUGAACAAAAAGUUACAUAAAGAUAACCGGAUUGAUCUCAGUAUGCUCACUGUUGGAGAUGGCCUGACCCUGGCUAUCAAAAGAUAAUCUAGAUCAGAAAUGCCCAAACCAGGGCCCGUAGGCCAAAGUUGGCCUGUGAUGACCAUUGAUUUGGCCCGCCUUGCCAUAUAGGACAAUAAUCAAUCAAGCAAAAAUCUGGGUUACAGUAAGGCACUUACAGUGGAAGUGAAUGGGGCCGAUUUAUGAACGUUAAAACACUCACUUUUUCAAAAGUAUAGUGACAAGACAUAAACAAUAUGUGUGUUAACAUGAUUUUAGUGUGAUAAAAUCACUUACUAACCUUUUCUGUGCAAAAUUAUAGUCAAUUUUACAACUUCGUUGUCAUGACGAUGUAAUGUCAACAAACCCUAAAACCCUACAAUGACUGUUAAAACAACUAUUUAAACAACUUUACAGCUCAAAUAAUACAUACAGUUUUAACAGAAGAAUGAAUGCAAGUGCUUUGAUAAAAUUAUAAACUUUACAUUCCUGCUUUUAAAUCCUCCAAAAAUUGGCCCCCACUUUUUUUGUAAGUGCCUCACUGUAACCUCAAUUUUUGCUUUGCAAAGAUUGCAGAGUAAUGUUUUUUAUAUUAUGAAAUCAUAAGGGAGGGGAACCAGGGCAACUUUUACAGAGGUUUGGCCACCUCUGAUCUAGGUAAUAGCCUACAGUAAAAGGUCUAAAGGAAAACAGAUUUUUACAUACUGAAAACGGACGUUUAUCCUUUGCUCUGAAUUAAAGUUGACUAAACUUUUCAACUGUA